AUGUGGUCCUUCACUAAGCAGCUCGAAAGGGGAACGGUUCGAAGAGGUGGAGGCGAAUUCGCGGACUCUGGUCAUCGCCUGGCGUGGGUCAGCAAUGACAGCACAGUCACUGUGGUAGACAGCUCCAAAACUUCCUCUCCUUUGCCGUUGAAGACCGAGUUCCUUCCUCUCCUCAGCGCCCUGUUUGUGUCUGAGAACAGUCUGGUAGCAGCGGGCCACGACUGCUGCCCCAUGCUGUUCCGCUGCGACAAGAGCGGGGCGCUGACCUUCAUGUCCAAGCUGGAACUCCCCAAGCAGAGCAUCCAGAGGAACAUCUCGGCCAUGGAGCGCUUCCGGAACAUGGACAAGAGGGCCACCACCGAGGACCGCAACACCGCGCUGGACACGCUGCACCAGAACAGCAUCACCCAAGUGUCUAUAUACGAGGGAGACAAAAGGGAUUGA